AUGCGUUUCGAACUUCUCGGUCUUGCCGCCCUUGGCUCUUUCGCCGCCGCCGCUCCCGCCCCUUCUCGUGCCUCUGAGUUGGUUGAGCGUGGCUCUACUUGCACUUUCACCGAUGCUGCUAAGGCUUCCGCCUCUGCCAGCAGCUGCUCAAACAUCGUCCUGAAGAACAUCAAGGUCCCUGCCGGACAGACGCUCGACCUGUCCAAGGUCAAGGACGGUGCCACAAUCACCUUCGAGGGCACCACCACUUUUGACUACAAGGAGUGGAAGGGUCCUCUGAUCCGCUUCGGUGGUAACAAGGUCACCAUCCAGCAGGCUUCCGGCGCUGUUAUCGACGGCCAGGGUUCCCGCUGGUGGGACGGCAAGGGCACCAACGGUGGAAAGACGAAGCCCAAGUUCAUCUAUGCUCACAAGCUCCAGUCCUCCACCAUUAAGGGCUUGCACGUCAAGAACUCCCCUGUCCAGGUCUUCUCCGUCCAGGGUAAUGAUGUCCAUCUGAACGACAUCGUCAUCGACAACUCCGAGGGUGACAGCAAGGGUGGCCACAACACCGAUGCUUUUGACGUCAGCGAGAGUAACGGUGUCUACAUCACCGGUGCCAACGUCAAGAACCAGGAUGACUGCCUGGCCAUCAACUCUGGUGAGAACAUCCACUUCACCGGUGCUACCUGCUCUGGCGGUCACGGUAUCUCCAUCGGCUCCAUCGGUGGCCGUGACAACAACGUCGUCAAGGGUGUCGAGAUUGCCGACUCCCACGUCAUCGACUCCGACAACGGUAUCCGUAUCAAGACCAUCGCUGGUGCAAAGGGCUCUGUCAGCGGUGUGACCUACAAAAACAUCACCCUUAAGAACAUCAAGAAGAAGGGUAUCAUCAUCGAGCAGGACUACAAGAACGGUGGCCCCACCGGCAAGCCCACCACCGGCGUUCCCAUCACUGAUGUCACCCUCGACGGUGUUACCGGCUCCGUCGCCGGCUCUGCCACCCCCAUUUACAUCCUUUGCGGCAAGGGCAGCUGCUCCGACUUCACCUGGAAGGGCGUUAAUAUCUCUGGCGGCAAGAAGAGCGACAAGUGCAUGAACGUUCCUUCCCCCGCUUCUUGCUAAGCAACCACGGCUUCAUCGCAUAGCAAAGC